AUGCAGGCAAGAACAAACAGAAAUCCUAAAAAAGAGUAUAUUAAAGAGUCUCCACAGAAGUGCAAGGAUGCAGGUCCUUGUGAAGCAGAAGCGGAGAGUCCUGUAGUAGUGCUGGCAAAACCAAAACUUAUAGAACCCAUAGACUAUGAAAAUGUCAUCGUCCAGAGGAAAACGCAGAUUUUGAAUGAUGGUUUACGUGAGAUGCUGCUGUUCCCUUAUGAUGACUUUCAGACAGCGUUACUGAAGCGGCAGAGUCGAUACGUUCAUUCAACAGUUCCUGAAAAUGCAGAGAAGGAAGCUCAAAGCUUGUUUGUAACUGAGUGCAUCAAAACCUACAAUUCUGACUGGCAUGUUGUUAACUAUAGAUAUGAAGAUUACUCAGGAGAGUUUCGACAGCUUCCAAGCAAAGGGCCAAAAUCAGAGAAGCUUCCAGUUCAUUUAUAUGAAGUGGAUGAAGAAGCAGAUAAAGAUGAGGAUGCAGCAUCUCUUGGGUCUCAGAAGGGUGGAAUAACAAAACAAGGAUGGCUCUACAAAGGCAACAUGAAUAGUGCGAUCAGUGUGACAAUGAGAUCAUUUAAGAGGAGAUUUUUCCAUUUAAUCCAACUUGGUGAUGGAUCCUAUAAUCUCAAUUUCUACAAAGAUGAAAAAAUAUCAAAAGAACCAAAAGGAUCUAUAUUUCUAGAUUCAUGCAUGGGAGUCGUUCAGAACAAUAAAGUCAGACGUUUUGCAUUUGAGCUCAAGAUGCAGGACAAGAGUAGUUACCUUUUAGCUGCAGACAGUGAACUUGAAAUGGAAGAAUGGAUAAACACUCUGAACAAAAUCCUUCAGCUUAACUUUGAGGCUGCAAUGCAAGAAAAAAGAAAUGGAGAGUCUCACGAAGAUGAUGAACAAAGCAAACUGGAAAGCUCCUCAAGUAGUUUUGACAGCUACUAUCCUGAAAUUGCCAAGAGUACCAGAGAAGCAGAAAUGAAGUUGAAAAGUGAAAGCAGAGUUAAACUUUUUGCCUUGGAUCCAGAUGCACAGAAACUUGACUUUUCUGGUAUAGAACCAGAUGUGAAGCCAUUUGAAGAGAAGUUUGGGAAGAAAAUUCUUGUCAAGUGUAAUGAUUUAUCUUUUAACUUGCAAAGCUGCGUUGCAGAAAAUGAAGAAGGACCAACAACAAAUGUAGAACCUUUCUUUGUCACAUUAUCACUAUUUGACAUUAAAAACAACCGGAAGAUUUCAGCAGAUUUCCAUGUUGAUUUGAACCACGCCUCAGUAAGACACAUGCUGUCUGGUGCUUCUCAACCAAUGAUGAAUGGCAGUGGUGACAGCUUACACAAGGUUCAAGACAUUCAUGAAAAUGUGUUACAAUACCCAAAACAGGGAAUAUUCUCAGUUACGUGUCCUCAUACUGACAUUUUCCUCGUGGCUAGAAUAGAAAAAGUAUUACAGGGAAGUAUUGCGCAUUGUGCUGAACCAUAUAUGAAAAGUUCAGAUUCUUCAAAGAUUGCACAGAAAGUUCUGAAGAAUGCAAAGCAGGCAUGCCAGAGGUUAGGUCAAUAUAGAAUGCCUUUUGCCUGGGCAGCUAGGACACUGUUUAAAGAUGCCUCAGGAACCCUGGACAAAAAUGCAAGAUUUUCUCCUCUCUUCAGACAAGACAGUAAUAAACUUUCAAAUGAAGACAUGCUGAAAUUGUUAGCAGAUUUCAGGAAACCUGAAAAGAUGGCCAAACUUCCUGUUAUUUUAGGAAAUCUGGAUGUUACAAUUGAUAAUGUGUCACCAGAUUUUCCAAAUUAUGUUAACUCAUCCUACAUUCCCAUGAAACAGUUUGAAAACAGUACCAAGACACUAAUAACGUUUGAAAUAGAGGAAUUUGUUCCUUGUAUACCAAAACACACUCAGCCUUUCACCAUCUACAACAAUCAUCUUUAUGUUUAUCCCAAGUACUUGAAAUAUGACAGUCAGAAGUCUUUUGCAAAGGCUAGAAAUAUUGCAGUAUGCAUUGAGUUCAAGGAUUCAGAUGAAGAGGAUUCUUUGCCUUUGAAGUGUAUUUAUGGUAGGCCAGGUGGACCAGUAUUUACUAGGAGUGCAUUUGCUGCUGUUCUGCAUCACCAUCAAAACCCAGAGUUUUAUGAUGAGAUUAAAAUAGAAUUGCCCACUCAGUUACAUGAAAAACACCAUUUGUUGUUCACCUUCUACCAUGUUAGCUGUGAUAAUUCAAGCAAAGGGAGUACAAAGAAGAAAGAUGUUGUUGAAACACAAGUUGGAUAUUCUUGGCUUCCUCUAAUAAAAGAUGGAAGAGUGGUGACCAAUGAGCAAUACAUCCCAGUGUCAGCAAAUCUUCCCUCAGGCUAUCUUAGUUACCAAGAAGUGGGAGUUGGAAAGCAUUCUGGUCCUGAAAUUAAAUGGGUAGAUGGAGGCAAACAACUGUUAAAAGUAUCCACUCAUCUGGUGUCAACGGUGUAUACACAGGACCAGCACUUGCAUAAUUUUUUUCAGUACUGUCAGAAAACAGAGUCUGGAGCUCGGGCACUAGGAACCGAUCUUGUAAAAUAUCUUAAGAGCCUUCAUGCUAUGGAGGGCCAUGUGAUGAUAGCUUUCCUGCCUACUGUACUAAACCAGUUGUUUAGAGUUCUCACUAGAGCAACUCAAGAGGAAGUUGCAGUCAAUGUGACAAGGGUUAUUAUCCAUAUUGUUGCUCAGUGUCAUGAAGAAGGCUUGGAUAGCUACCUCAGGUCUUAUGUCAAGUAUGCUUAUAAAGCUGAACCCUACGUUGCUUCUGAAUAUAAGACGGUACAUGAAGAACUGACGAAGUCCAUGACAACAAUUUUAAAGCCAUCUGCUGACUUUCUUACAAGCAACAAGCUACUUAAGUAUUCAUGGUUUUUCUUUGAAGUUCUGAUAAAAUCAAUGGCUCAGCAUUUGAUAGAAAACUCUAAAGUGAAGUUGUUGCGAAACCAGAGAUUUCCAGCUUCCUUUCAUCAUGCUGUGGAAACAGUUGUUAAUAUGCUAAUGCCACACAUCACUCAGAAGUACAGAGACAAUCCAGAGGCUUCAAAAAAUGCAAAUCAUAGCCUUGCUGCCUUCAUAAAAAGGUGUUUUACUUUCAUGGACAGAGGAUUUGUUUUCAAGCAAAUCAAUAACUACAUCAGCUGCUUUGCCCCAGGAGAUCCAAAGACUCUCUUUGAAUUCAAAUUUGAAUUUCUCCGUGUAGUCUGUAAUCAUGAGCACUACAUACCUUUGAAUCUACCAAUGCCAUUUGGAAAAGGCAGAGUUCAGAGAUACCAAGACCUUCACCUGGACUACUCAUUAACCGACGAGUUCUGUAAAAAUCACUUCUUGGUGGGACUGCUUCUAAGGGAGGUGGGAAAUGCAUUACAAGAGUUCAGAGAUGUGCGGCAGAUUGCGAUUAGUGUGCUCAAGAAUUUGAUGAUAAAGCAUUCUUUUGAUGAUAGAUAUGCUUCCAGGAGCCAUCAAGCAAGAAUAGCCACGAUGUAUUUGCCGCUGUUUGGACUGCUCAUAGAAAAUGUUCAGCGAAUCAAUGUUAAAGAUGUGUCUCCGUUUCCUGUUAACCCUUCCAGCAAUAGUGCAAAGGAUGAUGCACUUAGUUUGCCAACUGCAAGUCAGCUGGUAACACCACAAAAAUCAGGAAACACAUUGGAUAACAGCCUUCCUAAAGAUCUAUUUGGUGUUAUCUCUGGCAUUGCUUCCCCAUACACUGUGUCAACUCCAAAUAUUAACAGUGUGAGGAAUGCUGACUCAAGGGGCUCUCUUAUAAGUACAGACUCAGGAAACAGUCUCCCAGAAAGACACAGUGAGAAGAGCAAUUCCCUCGACAAGAACCAACAAAGCAGCACAUUAGGAAGUUCUGUAGUUCGAUAUGACAAACUUGACCAAGCAGAGAUCAAAAGUCUGCUCAUGUGUUUCCUUCACAUUCUGAGAAGUAUGUCAGAAGAUGCAUUGUUUACAUACUGGAACAAGGCUACAAAAUCUGAACUGAUGGACUUUUUCACAAUUACAGAAGUGUGCUUACAUCAGUUCCAGUACAUGGGCAAACGAUACAUAGCCAGGAACCAGGAGGGGUUGGGAUCCAUAGUUCAUGAUCGAAAAUCUCAGACAUUACCUGUUUCCCGUAGCAGAACAGGAAUGAUGCAUGCCAGAUUGCAGCAGCUGAGCAGCCUGGAUAACUCUCUCACUUUUAACCACAGCUAUGGCCAUUCAGAUGCAGAUGUUCUUCACCAGUCUUUACUUGAAGCAAAUACUGCCACUGAAGUUUGCCUUACAAUUUUGGAUACUCUAUCAUUAUUCACAAUGGCUUUUAAGAAUCAACUACUGACUGACCAUGGGCAUAAUCCACUGAUGAAGAAAGUGUUUGAUGUAUACCUCUGCUUCCUUCAAAAGAAUCAGUCUGAAACAGCGUUGAAAAAUGUCUUCAUUGCUUUAAGGGCACUUAUUUAUAAGUUUCCUUCUACAUUUUAUGAAGGUAGAGCUGAUAUGUGUUCUGCACUAUGCUAUGAAAUUCUGAAGUAUUGUAAUUCCAAACUGAGUUCAAUUCGUACCGAAGCUUCACAGUUACUAUACUUCUUAAUGAGAAAUAAUUUUGAUUACACAGGGAAGAAGUCUUUUGUUAGGACACAUCUGCAAGUUAUUAUCUCAGUAAGCCAGUUGAUUGCUGAUGUUGUUGGAAUUGGAGGAACAAGAUUCCAGCAGUCUCUUUCCAUCAUCAAUAAUUGUGCCAAUAACGACAGAAUUAUAAAGCACACUACAUUCCCUUCUGAUGUUAAGGAUUUAACAAAACGAAUUCGUACGGUACUGAUGGCUACAGCUCAGAUGAAGGAGCAUGAGAAUGAUCCAGAAAUGCUUGUAGACCUCCAGUACAGUUUGGCAAAGUCUUAUGCUAGUACACCUGAACUAAGGAAGACGUGGUUAGACAGCAUGGCAAGGAUCCAUGUUAAGAACGGAGACCUUUCAGAGGCAGCAAUGUGCUACGUCCAUGUAGCAGCACUGGUUGCAGAGUAUCUCACACGAAAAGGGAUGUUUAGGCAAGGUUGUACUGCUUUCAGAGUAAUCACACCUAAUAUAGAUGAAGAGGCUUCAAUGAUGGAGGAUGUUGGGAUGCAAGAUGUUCACUUCAAUGAAGAUGUGCUGAUGGAGUUGUUGGAACAAUGUGCCGAUGGACUCUGGAAAGCAGAACGCUAUGAACUCAUUGCUGACAUAUAUAAACUUACAAUUCCCAUUUAUGAAAAAAGGAGAGAUUUUGAGAGGCUUGCUCAUUUAUAUGACACUCUUCAUCGAGCAUACAGUAAAGUAACAGAAGUUAUGCAUACAGGCAAGAGACUGCUGGGAACUUAUUUCAGGGUAGCAUUUUUUGGACAGGUGAGUCAAUACCAGUUUACAGACAGUGAAACAGAUGUUGAGGGAUUCUUUGAGGAUGAAGAUGGAAAGGAAUAUAUCUAUAAAGAGCCUAAACUCACUCCUCUUUCAGAAAUUUCCCAAAGACUCCAAAAACUCUACUCUGACAAAUUUGGAUCUGAAAAUGUCAAAAUGAUUCAGGAUUCUGGCAAGGUAAAUCCUAAGGAUUUGGAUUCAAAAUAUGCAUAUAUUCAAGUUACACAUGUCAUUCCAUACUUUGAAGAAAAAGAGUUGCAAGAAAGAAAAACAGACUUUGAAAGGACUCACAACAUUCGUCGGUUUAUGUUUGAGAUGCCUUUUACUCAAACUGGUAAAAGACAAGGAGGAGUAGAAGAGCAGUGUAAGAGACGGACUAUUUUGACAGCUAUACACUGUUUUCCAUACGUGAAGAAGCGCAUCCCAGUGAUGUACCAGCACCACACUGAUUUAAACCCUAUUGAAGUAGCAAUUGAUGAAAUGAGUAAAAAAGUUGCAGAACUUAGGCAGCUUUGCUCUUCAGCUGAAGUAGACAUGAUCAAAUUGCAGCUGAAGCUACAGGGAAGUGUCAGUGUUCAGGUUAAUGCUGGUCCAUUAGCAUACGCAAGAGCUUUCUUAGAUGACACAAACACCAAAAGAUAUCCAGACAAUAAAGUAAAGCUACUAAAGGAAGUUUUUAGGCAAUUUGUUGAAGCUUGUGGGCAUGCUCUGGGUGUAAAUGAACGACUGAUAAAGGAAGAUCAGUUGGAAUAUCAAGAAGAAAUGAAGGCCAACUACAGGGAAAUGGCAAAAGAGCUUUCCGAAAUAAUGCAUGAACAAAUAACUCCUGUUGAAGAAAAGGCCAGUGUUAUGCCUAAUUCGCUGCACAUUUUCAACGCCAUAAGUGGGACUCCAACAAGCACAACAGUUCACGGGAUGCCCAGUUCUUCUUCAGUUGCAUGAUUGAUUUGUAGAGGAAAGUAUGUUCAUUUGUUUUGGUUUUAUUUUACGUAUAUGGAUUUGCUUCACUGUGUGCAAACUCAGGAUGAUUUUGAAGCUAAGUGUUGGGCACGUGCAAGCAGCAUAAUUAAUACAAAUGUCUG